AUGGCGGCACAAGAAGUCAACAUAUCUCACGCGCUUCUCCGAAGUACUAUCGACUAUCUCCACUCCUUCACGAGCUAUGCUGUAAAGUUCAAUGGCGACCCACCGCCCUCUGUGAUCGCCUUUCCAGAUAGAGCUGCACCGGCUUUCGUGGACGCGUUAUGGAACUCGACAAACCUGACCACAACAUUCGAAAAUGUGGCCCGUAGUCUCACAAACCAGAUUCGCAAUACCUCACCCGAUCGACUGGAGGGUGUCACACAACGCUGGGUCACACACGUACGUGUCGACUGGGCAUACAUGGCUUUUCCAGUCGCGAUGCUCUCGAUAGGAAUCCUAUACGUGAUUCUCGUCAUAAUCGAGUCUGCACGACUGAGAAUACCAGUGUGGAAGGAGUCCGCGCUUCCCACACUAACGUAUGGAUUCGACAAUGAGACACAACGGCUGCUGAGGGAGACGGCACACUACAAAGGAGAUAAGAAGGUUAAGACGAGUGUGAGGUACGACCUGGAUGAACAGGAAGACUGUUUGAGAUUGAUGGCUGAUUAG